GAAAUGGGACCAGUGAACCAAGCCCAUGCUCAAAUCUACCGUGCAAAAGACGAAAACACGAUAUUUGCAGCUAGUGCAGGCGAGUCGAGAAAAUGGCAGCUCCGCUUGCGUUUUUCGACGAUCAAGGCGAUCCACACACCCCAAGCACAGAAGAAUAUCCGGAAUUUAUCGAGUAUAGGGGACCCUCUGCAGACGACAUAAAUUCCAAUGGAAAUGCCUUCCCGGUGUUGUCGAUAAAAGAGGAAAUAUGCCCGGACAAUUUCAAUGAACGAACCAUGUCGAUUGAGGAUUUGGUCAACAACUUUGACGACAAACUCGCCGUGUGCUUCAGGAAUUAUAACCUGAACACGGAAAGAAUUGCACCCGUCAAAAUUCUCACACAGGAGGAGGUUAUGAAAAAUUGCAAAAUAUGGAAGAAAGUGACAGACAACAUGGGGCAAGUAAUGCCACUGGACUGGAAGAACUCACACACGCGGAAACUACACAUGCCAACACUCCACCUGUGUACAAAGAGAAACGGAGACAAUCUGGACUUGCCGGAGGACCAUGAACUGACCCAGUGUUUUGACAUGCAUUCCAUGGUUCUGUCCUCGAUGCCACCCGAAGACCAAGACCCAUCAGUCACAGCGGAUCGAGUUAUCGAAGAAAUUGACGAGAUAUUCCAGUCACAAUCAGACUCGUCACCUGAUGACCAAGUGGAUGAAGACUCGUUAUCCAACAUUUCCCGAGAAUUGCAAGCCCUAAGAGACCGUUCCAUCACCACCAGUAGCUACGAGGAGAGUCAACUUGCCCAAGGAUCGCCAGAGCUCAAGUGCAUGACGCUUUCAGAGCUGAACGAUCUCCUGGAGGACCUAGAAGCCACUGUCAAGGAGUACUCGGAGGCCCUGGUGACAGAGCUUGCCCUGCGAGAGGAACUCUGCUUUGAGAAGGAGACCAAGAACCAGUUCAUCUCGGCCCUGGUGGCCGUCCAGAACAAGAUCAAAGGCUUCAAGAAGCAGCCUCCAACGACGGCCAACAAGAAGAAGGGCAAGAACAGCGUGGAGCCAGGAACGUACUUGACCACCAGAAUACCCUACCACAAGGGUAGCGGACCACCAGAUGUCAACACAUUGCAGAAAGUCACCAAAAUUCUGAGAGCAAUCAAUGAAGAUAGCAAAGACGUUCCGGACCUUCUCACCAACUACAUCCUCAAAGUGUUGUUCAAACCGGAGAAGGAUGGCGAUAUUCCACUGCCGUUGCCUAUGGAUGUGCAGGUCAGGUAAAAGGUCAAAGGUUAGAUGUCACCCGUGGAGGUCAAUCACACGAUUUUAUCAUCUAUGUCAUCGCCAUCAACAUCAUCUUGCCCAUUUGCCGAUCGGCCCACCCUUUCCUAAGAGUUUAUUUGGAGGGGAGGGGCGUGGUUGAAGAUCCACCCAGAGGGGUGUACCGUGGUUGGUUGCUCGCUGAUGCAAGAGUAUGCACUCUGUGACUAAAGGGUUGACAAGUUUUUGCAUUAUGCCGUGAUUGUUCGUCAGCAAUACAGCGCCAACCGAAAUGUCGUCACUUUCCAUCUAAAUUAUGUUAUAAACACACACGUCCUAGUGGACUUUAGCAUAUGUAGCAGUAUAAGGCGUCGUUAUUACAUGUAGUGUCAGUGUACUGUGCCGUGUCACGCAGGUCUUGUGCAGGGUUCUUCGGUAGUACUUAAGAGGUAUUCGUAUUUAUGAAUCUAGAGUAGGGUAUUACAACUUCUUGUCGCUCUUUUGUAAAAAAAAAUUUAAAAAAUGAUAUUACUGUUAAUAUAUUUACCUAAUCAUAUUGCUUGAAAUUUUAAAAUCGACCAUAAACAUGCUGUUUAAUGUGUGAGUUUUUCUUUUGAUACCUGAAAUUAUGUCAGUGAUUGGACUAGAGUGGAUUAACUUUCACUUGUUUUUUUUUGUAUUUGCGUCCUUUACGUUCACUUUCAAUUUUAUAUACGUUUCUUGUAAAUUUGUGUAUUAUAAGAGGAAGAAAAAGAUUUAAUUAUUAAUUAAAGAUGCCCAAAGAUUUAUCCUGUUAAAAAUAUAAGUUUAAGAAAAACUAUUGUUAAUUGUUGAAAAUUUGUAUACUUUGAAGCCAAAACAUUGCAGGUCGGGUAGAAAUGAUUGAUGGAGGACAAUGUGGACAAGACAGAAAAGGACUCAAAUGGUGAAGCCUUUCAUGAACAGGGGUGAGUAAAAAAAAAAGCGGAACCCAAAC